AUGGCAACGAACGGCCACAGAAUCGCCAGCGCGAACGGCACCGGCAUCAGUGGAAGUAGCCAAACGCCAAUCCACACCGUGACUGCGCUGAAGCGAUGGUCAUGCGAUCAUGAGACGGAGCUGCCAGCCGUCGACCAGAUCAAGGCAAUCCACGUCUACGACUUUGACAACACCCUCUUCUGCAGUCCCCUUCCGAACCGACAGGUAUGGACCGGCCCCACUAUCGGCCAGCUACAGAACCAGGAUGUCUUCGUCAACGGUGGCUGGUGGCAUGAUUCUGCCAUCCUCGCUGCUACUGGUGAAGGCGAAGAGAAAGAGGAGCCGCGGGCGUGGAAAGGAUGGUGGAAUGAGCAGAUUGUCCAACUCGUCGAGCUCUCCAUGCAGCAGAAAGACGCCCUAUCCGUCCUCCUCACCGGCCGAGCCGAAGGCGCCUUCGCCGAGCUUGUCAAGAAGAUCGUCAAGAGCAAAAAUCUCCACUUCGACAUGACCUGCCUCAAACCCACCGUCGGUCCCGCGAACCAGCGAUUCUCAAGCACGAUGGAAUUCAAGCAAACACUCCUCCGCGACCUCGUCCACACCUACCGCGACGCCGACGAGAUCCGCGUCUACGAAGACCGCCCAAAACACACCCAGGGCUUCCGCAACUUCUUCACCUCCUUCAACAGCGCCCUGCUCUCCCCCAACCCACCCAUCCCCCGCAAACCCAUCACCGCCGAAGUCAUCCAAGUAGCCGAGAACGCCACGACCCUCGAUCCCGUCUCCGAAGUCGCCGAGAUCCAGCGCAUGAUCAACGCGCACAACCUUCUCGUCCGCGCCGGGACCGCCCCUCCGCGCGCCCUCCCCAUGACCAUCACCAAGCAGAUCUUCUACACCGGCUACCUGAUCCACCCGCGCGACACAGAGCGCCUGUGCAGCCUCGUCGCCAUCCCACCCAACACCUCCGAAACAGACAUCAAGUACAUGGCCAACAGCAUCAUGAUCAAGCCCGGCGUCGCCCCCCACAGCCUGCUGCGCAAAGUCGGCGGCAUCGGCGCCAAGCGGCGCUGGCGCGUCACAGGCGUCGCGCUCUUCGAGAACAAGCUGUGGGCUGCGCGGGUCGCGCCUGUGCGGCCCUCACCCACCCAGGCGGCGCCGUACGUCUACACGGACCACGCGACGCCGAAUGUCGUGCUCGCGAUGCGCGGCAGGCACACGGAUGCCAGAGACGCGGGACGGAUCCAGAACUGGCAGCCCGUGCCCGAGGACAAGGCAUUUGAGUUCGAGACGACGGUCGGAGAGAAGGUUUUGCUGAAGAUUGAGCAGGAGAGGCGUGGGCCGCCGCGGGAGAGGGAGAGGAAGCGCGGAGCGGAGGAGAUGCAGAACCAACAAGACUUCAUCCGGCUAGAUGCGGGCGAUGAGGAUCAAUGGCCCGCGCUGGGGAGCACCCAGAACCAGCCACAACAGCCGCACCAGCAGGCAAGGAAUACGCACCCCAGGCCUGCUCCGCCGGACGAUCGGAGACCGCUUGCUAUCUCGGCGAACCAGAGGGCUUUUAAUCAGAAUAGGGGACGGGGAGGUCAGCACUAUGGGCAGGGCAGGGGUGGUAGGGAUUUCCACCACGGAGCCAACAGGGGCGGCGCGAGAGGCGGAUAUGGCCGAGGCGGAGGCGGAGGUGGCGGAGGUGGCGGUGGUGGUGGUGGUGGUGGUGGCGGCGGCGGCGGCGGACGAGGUCGCGGUAGGGGUGGUGGGUACAAGAGCUUGGACGAUGUGGGUAGUGCGGGGAAGGGGUAUGGCCUUGAUGGGGCUUACGAGGAUGGGGGGAUGGUAUACUGA